UUGUCACUUCUCCAGCUUCGCUCUCCCAGUUGCCGAAGCUGUUCUUUCUCUCCGUUAGGUGGCCCCAGCGACCCGCUGACCAUUGCAAACAAAUAUCGGAGAUUUAACGAGACCCAGUCCCUGAUUUUCUCACUUUCCAUUGUGAAUUAAAUACAGACGGAUUUCAAACGCCAUGUCCUGAUUGACAGUAUCAUUACCACUGGUGUAAGGAGAUGAGCUUGGAGAGAAUGGACAGCUAGUUAUGGAAUAUCUCAUACCCUGGGAUAUGUUGCUUCCUCCACAGAGGGUGGAAUAGGACAUUUUACAUCCACUCUUUCCCUUCAGGGAACAUGCACUACCAUCACCUAACCCUGCCCUACAAAACACAGGAUGUCAAAACUGGAAAAUGGAAUCAAAGAAAAUGUCUCUCCCAGAGAGAGGUUGCCUUGAACACCUUGCGUUUCGUGAUUCAUCCGGAGCUGCAUGCACACACAAAUCAGGAGAAUGGUCUUCCAGCCUGAUGAGGAUGCUGUUAUUUGAUGCUUUGGUUCUGAUGCAGCCUCCCUCCAAGCAAUGAGGUGAUUGAGCACGUCCACUAUCCACUCGCAAGCCGCCCCCCCCCCCCCCAAACCCCCUCCCCCAAGCCAUGGAUCUGAUGAACUUCACCAUGGUCAUCGACAGUGGAUUAUUGGACGACGCCUCCUCCAGCCGCGUCCUCACUGGCUGUUUCCUCUCUCUGCUCAUCCUCACUACGCUGCUGGGCAACACCUUGGUUUGCGUUGCCGUCACCAAGUUCCGCCACCUGCGCUCCAAGGUCACCAACUUCUUUGUGAUCUCAUUGGCUGUGUCGGACCUGCUGGUGGCCAUCUUGGUGAUGCCGUGGAAGGCGGUGGCUGAGAUCGUAGGCUUCUGGCCGUUCGGCUCUUUCUGCGACACCUGGGUGGCGUUCGACAUCAUGUGCUCCACGGCCUCCAUCUUGAACCUGUGCGUCAUCAGCGUGGACCGCUACUGGGCCAUCUCCAGCCCGUUCCGCUAUGAGAGGAAGAUGACUCCUCGAGUGGCAUUUGUGAUGAUCAGCGUAGCCUGGACGCUGUCCGUCCUCAUCUCCUUCAUCCCCGUCCAGCUCAACUGGCACAAGGCCCAGACCAAAGCCUCCAUCCUGGACCCUGCUGGCUCUGCGGGCCCCCUGGGGCCCAACGGCACAGCUGCGGCCCUUGGGCCAGAGAACUGCGACUCCAGCCUCAACCGGACCUACGCCAUCUCCACCUCCCUCAUCAGCUUCUACAUCCCCGUGGGCAUCAUGGUGGCCACCUACACCCAGAUCUACCGCAUCGCCCACCGGCAGAUCCGUCGAAUCUCGGCCCUGGAGCGCGCGGCGGAGAGCGCCAAGAACCGCCACAACAGCAUGGGCGGAGACUCCAGCAUGGGCGAGUCGGAGAGCUCCUUCAAGAUGACGUUCAAGCGCGAGACCAAGGUCCUGAAGACGCUGUCGGUCAUCAUGGGAGUGUUCGUGUGCUGCUGGCUGCCCUUCUUCAUCCUCAACUGCAUGGUGCCCUUCUGCGAGCCGUCGCCCUCCGGCGGCGGGGAGUCCUUCCCCUGCAUCAGCCCCACCACCUUCAACGUGUUUGUGUGGUGCGGCUGGGCCAACUCUUCACUCAACCCCAUCAUCUAUGCCUUCAACGCCGACUUCAGAAAGGCCUUCUCCAUCCUCCUUGGCUGCCACAGGCUGUGUCCGGGAGUGCACGGCCUUGAGACGGCUAGUCUGAACAAGAACUGACUCGGCACUCCCCGGGCGGUCUUCAGCCUCGGCAUACAAGGUUGUAUUAUUGUCGCCCCCCCCCCCCCCCACGGUGGAACUUGAUCACGCCGUAUUUUGUCAAUGUGGUCAGUGGGGGUUGGGGGAAGGGUACUUCCAAAAGCAGUGGCAUCCCCAUGCCGGCACUGUGCCCUUGCCACUGCCAAUGAUGUUAUGGGAAAGAGGCGAGAGCUGUUCCCAGCUGGGAUGAGACGCUGGGUAGGGAAGAGGGAGGAUGUGCGAUUUGAGAUUAAGGCUGCUGUGAGUAGAAUUGCGGGGAGCAGUGCUGAUAUCCCUCUGGGACAUGAUAAUCCAGAGGCUAGGCAGCAUACUCCUAGACUGUAGGACACUGCUCCCUUCAACUCAGAAGCCAAACACACGCACACACGCAGUCAUACACACAUAUACAUACACAUACACUCACAACCACAGGCUGUUGUAGUGUUACAACAAAUUCUUUAUCUCAAAUGUCAUUACAGGGUCAAGUGAAACCAAAUCACAUUUAAAUGCUGUACAGUUGAACAUGUAAAUGAAUCCACAAGUGACCUAAAACCUGCUGUAUCAAAGAUAGAAUGAUUGCAGCCUGUCCAAUGGAGAUUUCAUUUUAGAUCUGGCAUUGCAUUGUGGGUUCACAGAAUGUUGAAAUAGAGGACACUUCACUCUUGCAGAGGAUGUUGAAAAUAGAUUCUGUGUUUUUUCUCAAGAACUUCAAUCUGGAGUGCAUUUUGCCAUUGAUUUUUUUGCGAUCUUCUCGCCCAUGGCUGCAUGGGAACAUAUUGCUGGAACCAUAAUAACAGCAGUACCUCAUGAAUUGCUUACUGGAAUUUGAUUCAUUUAAUUUAGAUGGCUAGUCCAAAUCUGUUUUUUGGGGG